AUGUUUGUUUUGUAUAUUUUAUUCUCACUGUUUAUAUCAGUCAAUUCGCAACCAGAUGACUCUUAUAACACUGCUUCGAAUGUUUACGGAUCGAAUGCAGGGAAAAUAAAGGUGGGCUACAAUCCGAAAGUAUUUCAAAACAGAUUCCUUUACUUAAUUAAAUUGCCUUUCAGAAUUUUAUGGUGGGUUUUCAAGCUCAUUGUUUGCCUGUUCAAACAAUUCGUGGUAAAUCCAAUCAAGUACUGUAUUAACUUCAUUUUCUUUUCAUUGAAAGCAAUUUACGAUCAUUUCAAAAACUUCGAUCUUAAACGUGAUUUACAAUUCCUCGGCAAAAUCCUGCUUGCACCUUUCAGAUUCAUUAAGAAGAUUUUGAAAUCUAUAUUUGAUUUAUUCAAGCUCGGAAUGAAAUGUAUUUUUGAAUACAUUGGCUACUUUAUACAGAGAGAAAUUCGUGGCUUCUGGAAGCUUAUCAGUCACCUCAAGCCGCGUUCCGUUCCUAAACCAAAACCAACACCACAACCAAAGACAUUGCCUACACCAGAACCAACAGCAACACCAAUACCUUCUCCAGAGCCAACUGCUACUCCUGCUCCAACUCCACGUCCUACACCAAUUCCAACUCCUGUUCCAACAUCAACUCCAAUUCCAACUCCUGUUCCGACACCAACUCCAAUUCCUACACCGGUUCCAACCCCUGUUCCAAAGAAGGAAUGUAUUGAUCGUUAUGUAGAAAUCACUCAAGAAAUAGAAGAUAAGUGGGAUAAUACUAUUAAACAGAUCAAUGGCAUCAUUGAUUAUGUUAAAGACAAAUACAAUAAGUUAUUAGACAAGCGCGAUCAAAAUACAAAGGAAAUCGAGGAUAUUGGAAAGAGGAUCAAAUCAAUUGAACAAAGCUUUGUUCCUGCCGAGCCACAAGUUGUAAGUAUUGAAGAUAAGAAGAAUUUAUCUAUGAUAUUAACAGAAAUUCGACCACUUGGACUUCCAGCAAUUCAAGGAACAUUGUUAAAACGUGCAUUAGACGUAAUCUUUAAGAAACAAAAACGUGUUUCCAUUGAAAAAGUUGAUGGAGUUUGGAACUUAGGAAAUUCAGUUGGAAAUUACACAUUUGAGACACAAUCAAGGAAAGUUAAGACAUUCUCAGCAGUUACAAUAUGCCAGGAUAGUGAGGCAACCAUCAAAGACUUCGCUUUAUACUUCUAUAAGAAUGGAACUCCAGAAAUCAUGACUUCUAGGUUCGAAGUAAAGAAAGAAACUGGAGAACAGACAUUUAUGCUUCCAUACCAAGUCAGUGGCGAUGUAAUCAAACUGAUUGUCUUUGAUACUUUCGAUAAUCAGAACGCGAAGUUGUCGGAUGUCAAGUUUACUGCAUGA